GAUGAUCCUUCAAUUCAAUAUUCUACUGUUAAAUUAGACUCACAACAACCACUUCCAUCGUUUGAAAUCUUUGGAACAUCAAAUGCAACAACAAUUCAAUGCCAGAUUAUUGAGGAGGUGGCUGGUGCUGCUAAUUGUUCUGCCAAUCUUAAAUCCUUUGGCAAUAUCUACAAAUUUACUCCUACUGAAGAUAUGAUUAAUGAUGGUUCUGGCAACUAUAGUGAUGUGUUGUACUUUUUGUUAUAUAAUACUUCUGACACUAUGCGCAUUAAAUUUGGUGGAGGUUUUCCUAAUCAUCAUGUUUCACUUCGUAUUGCAGAACCAAUAUUAUCAACACAUACAAUAGGUUAUGAAAAUCGGAUUAGAAUGUCCAUUAUACCAUAUGGUUAUCCUAGAAAUAACUAUUUUGAAACUGUUGAAACGGAAAAAAGAUCUGAAACUGUCUUGAGCAAUAUUGGUUCACUUGGAGGUGCAAUUAGUUUGCUAUUAGGAGUUUAUGCUAUUUUAUUUGGUGGAUCACUCCUGAGCCCAUGGGGAAUCUUUCAAAACUAUUGCUGCAAGUAUAAACCAAGAUCAAAAAGAAAGCUUUUAAAAAAUUUACCAGUGAUUCCUUUGACUGAAAAAAACCAAUUACAAUAUGAAAAUUCUAAAGAUCCAGAUAUUAUCUCUAUUAUCACAAGAUUCAAUUCUUUGGAAACCGUUUUAAGAGAGUAUGUUAUUAACUCGGAUUUCCUUGAUGAAUUAGUGGAGACUGAAAAUAAUAAGAGUGUUAUUGAUGAGAGUAAUAAACCUCUUGUAUAG